GACACUGUAAACAGGAAGUAAAAUUUUGUUUGUGUGAUUUAGCUUCUGCUACAAUUUCUGAAUUGUGUGUGUUGCAUUUUUGUAAAAUUACAUUUUUUCUCACUGUCAUCUGAUACGUUAUAUCAGGAAGCAUUGUGAUGGGACCCAUUAAAGACGCGGACUUAAUAAAAUGCGUUCGUGAUAACAACAGAACAAAAUUUCUGAAAUAUGUUGCUGAGAAAGCACUCGGCUCUGUUUCCAAGUCUGGUGUCAAAGAGGACCCAAGUGUGCCGGGAGGACGGAUACGGCUGAAGCUUAACCAUAUGAAUGUCAACUGUCAUGAGCCAUCCACAGGCUACACACUAAUGAUAAUUGCUGUCCUCAAUGGUAACAAGGAUUUGGUGGAAGAUUUAAUUUUCCAUUCAGCGAGUGUUGAUUCGCAAGAUGGGAAAGGGAAUACUGCUCUGCAUAUGGCUGUGUUUGGUGCAAAAAUGGAAAUUGUGGACCUUUUGUUACACAACAGGGCCAAGGUGAAUGUACAGAACAGUGAUGGUAACAGCCCUCUUCACAUAGCCUGUCAGCUGGAUAAAGACAGGGUACACAUGCUGCUAAAGUUGCUCAGUAAUAAUGCUGACUACUCCUUACGUAAUAAAGAUAACAAGACUGCUCUUGAUAUGGCUGCAAUGUUUAAUAAAGCAGAUGCGGUGUCUGUCCUACUUGACCAUGACCACGGUAUUGAGGAGUCAAAGCGCGUCUCUCGCACCAGCAACACAGUGGUGAUGAUCGAGGCGGCCAAACGUGGAUACAAGGAGGUGAUUGAGCUGCUUCUAGACUAUGGAUAUGACCCCAAUCAGUUGCAUAAGGAGCAGGACACCUACGCCUUGAUGGAGGCCGUUCGUUUUGUAAGACUUCCUGUUGUUGAUUCACUCUUGAAAUAUGGUGCUAAACCGGGCUUGAAAAACAGCAAAAAUGAGAGUGCAGAAAACCUGGUGAGUGCAUGUGUACCCAAGCAGUUAGAAGAGCAGUUCAUUCAAACAUUUGCAAAAUACAGGUCGUCAGGGGCACUCCAGACUCCCAGAUUCCUGAAGGUCCUUUCUAAAGGAAUGUCUUUACAAGGCUUGAGAGAGUAUCCUGCUCUUCCAAACAACAAAUCCUGGACAGAGAAUUCAGAAGAAUUUUGCAACAGCUGUACACCAAAUGGACCCAACACUAAUAUUCUUGAUGAUGAUUUAUGCACAUGCUGGUUGGCGGCUGAAAUCCACCAGGCAUGGACCGUCCUCGACCUGAAGCAUGAACAUACACUCACUGGAAUAACAAUCUAUGGAUGGGACAGUCCACAGAUGGUGCGUGCUUUUGAGUUGCAGAAAGGACAGACUCUGCAUGGUCCCUGGUCAACGGUUGUGCCUUGUACUUGUCUAAGAACUGGAAGUACCUCAUUGGCUGACCCAGGUGUUCCUCAGACGUUCACUGACUUCACUUCAAGGUCGCGCUACUGGCGUAUAUUGCUGCUUGACAAUUUUGGUGGGAAAUGCACCUGCUUCCAAGGGAUUCAACUAUAUGGUGCUGACGAAAGAAUUCGCUCCCUUCUGAAGGAAAACGAUAUGGACAAUUAUGCUGAUGAAAUUAUUUCUUCGGGUUUCAAUACCUACAAGAAAUUCCUCUUGAUGAAAGAGGACGAUUUGAAACAAGUUGUGUCUGAGGUUGCUCACAGAACACUCAUAAUGAAAUCACUUGAAAAAGACAGACCAAAAGAAUUUCACCCUGCUGUGUUGUCAUGGGAGGUUACCCCAUUUACCAGUGCAAAACAAGGGGAGGUUCUGCCAGACUUUGUUGUGAAAUCAGCUCCAGGCGUCAAAACACUCGUCAGAUUAGUUAUAGAAAAUGGGGCAGUUUUGCAAGGUGACACUGAAGUUCUUCUGUUGUCAGACAGUGAAACUGAGCCAUCUCGUGCUGUAUUUACAAACAUUUCUAUAGACACAGUUGGCAAUCAUAUUUUAAAAGUGGAAUGUGUGGAAUAUCCUCGUGUGUACCUGACUACUCCUCAACCCAUCAAUAUCAAGCCUAAGACAGUGUUACGUGAUAGUGUAGCGCUUGCCUUCGAUGACAUGGAAGCAAUGCUGAAGGACUUGUCAGCAUCGCUAGGCCCUGCCAACAAGUGAUCCAGUCUUCAACCAACUUACCAGCUCAUAGUUUUUGAUCUGAUGUUUGUGAAUUUUAUUAAUGUAAAGAAUUGAUACAUCUUGUUCAUUUUCUGGUGACUCAUGGGCUCUAGGCUUUGGAUCUUUCCCCGAAUUGUAUACACAUUCUUGAGUCAUUUAUAUACUCAAGAGUAUAGAGUAUAACACUAAAUACAUGGAUUAAUAUUCUGAGUAUAAAGGUGAUGGUGUUUAAAAAGUGAGCAUUUACCGGUGGUAUUUACUAGUAUUUGUUAAUGAUGCUUAUUUGACGAUUAAUAUAUAUUUUAAUCCCGCAGUAUUUUAUAAUUAUAUGUUGGCACUUUUUAUUGCAAUAUCAAUACAACAAGCUUAAUCUUAUCCUGUUUAACCCUUUCAGUGCGGGAACCGAAUUUUAAAGGCCUUUGCAAACAGUUUGGAUCCAGAUGAGACGCCACAGAACGUGGCGUCUCAUCAGGAUCCAAACUGUUUGCUAUUCUGAUAGUAUUCUUUGAAAAGAAAUCGAAGAAAAUGCUAAUUUUAGAAAUUCAGCAGACGACAUUUUAGCAGACGACAAAUUUCCCAGCAUGCAAAGGGUUAAAUAGUCUCAGGAAUGUUUGGGAAAUUUUGAAAUAUUUUCAUUAUUAUACAUGAAUGAUUUCAUUCAUAGGUCUGUUUUUUCCACCUGUUAAAUAUGAAAACGGAUUUUAUGCUUCAGAUAUGGAAUUCUUAUCUGGUCUUUGGUUUUUGAGAAUAUAAUACAUAAGUAUUUCAGUAAGAUUUUCUAUAAGCAUAUAAUAAAGCAAGUUAUCAGAACCCUUGCAAUAUAAAAUUAAUCAGUCAGAAUUUACAAGUUCUCAUUUUAUCUCAUAAAAUCAUGGUGACUGGUUUAUGAGGUUAUUGUGGUUAUUGCUUUAGUUACCAGUAUUUUGCCAUGAACCACAAGCCCAAAGUGUGAAACCAGGGUUUUUUGUAGAAUGUUUGUAAAUUCUUGCAAUAUUUUAAGCUAGUGGGAGUUUUCAGGCUAAUGAUUUUACUAGGCAAUAGUUUUUGCAAUUAGCAAAUUUUUUAUAAAAGUUCUUAAUAUAUAUGUUAAUGGGGCUAAACAACAAGCCUAAUUGGCCUUUUCAACUGGCUGAAUGACAUUCAAAUUCGCCUGAAUGUGCUCUGCAACUCAACUCAAUGGCCUAUGUAAAAUUACCAUGAAUGGGCUUUGACUUGGCCAGAAUAGACUUAACAAAUAGCAUUAAUAAACCAAUCUCACGUACAGUUAGCAUUACUGUGCAAGUGUUCUGGAUCUAUAGUUUAUGAUGAAUCUCUUGCCAUUUGUGUUCUUGUGUUUUUAGCUCACCUUACCACUGCAUGCUAUGGUGAGCUUUUGUGAUCAUCUUUUGUCAGUUGUUUGUCAUCCGUAGUGCAUCAUCAAGACUGACCUUGUGAACACUCUAGAGGCCACAUUUAUCUUCAUGAAACUUGGUUACAAUAUUUGUCCCAAUAAUAUCUCAGCCAAGUUUAAAACUGUGUCGUAAAUUUUUUCUUCAUGAAACUUGCUGAAAACAUUUGUUUAUAUGAUAUCUUUGCUGAGUUCCAAAAUGGUUCCAGUCCAUUGAAAAUAAUUGCCGCCAAGGGAGGGGGGGCAGUUUUCCUUAUCUGCCCUUAAUAAAAAUGUAUGCUGUAGAAGUCACAUUUUCGUCGGAUCUUCAUGAAACUUGCUGAGAACAUUUGUUUAUAUAAUAUCUUUGCGGAGUUCAAAAAUGGUUCUGGUCUGUUGGAAGACAUGGCUGGUAGGGGGAGGGGAUUUUUUCGUAAUUUGGCCACGUGAAACCUUAAUUAUUGUAGUUACUAUGAUUCUUAGGUGAGUGACCAAGGCCCUUUGGCCAUCUUGUUUCGUUGUUUGUGAUUAGUUUUUCUUUGGAACCUAUCAGCUUAAUUCAACAGUUAUAAUAUGUUAUGUUGUUUUGUUAUGUUUAUCAUUGAUUCUCCUUCAUUUGUUAGUGAACUAUGGCAUCUCAAGGCUGUUCUAACACAAUGCCAAUAAACACCCAUAAAUCUUAAUGUUGCAGAUUAAAACUGCAUAAAUAUUUUUCAAAUGUUGCUGUGCUAUUAUAGGUGUUAUGAAAACACUCUCAACCUAUUAAAUUUACAUGUUUAUAAGAAAACGUUUUUAGCUCUACUGAGAAUAAGUGUGCUCACUGUGAUCCUUUUUGGUCCAUCCUGCAUCGUCCGUCAUCAACAUUUACCUUGUGAACACUUUAUAUGUCGCAGUUAUUGCCCAAUGGUCUUUCCAAGAGCGCCGCUAAAAUAUGCCACUUGCAUUAUGUUUUAUACAUCAACAUAACCGGACAUGCAACCGAAUUGAUUAUUGGAUUAACAAUUAUACUACAUAGUUAAAAUCUUUGAUACAUCUAUUCAACACUCAGCAAUCUCACAUCAACUGAUCUCAUUUCGACCUUAUCAUCAACUCAUUUUGGAGUUAUUUAUAUUCAUAUGGACCAAGAAUUAGAUACUGGCAAGACUUCCACCGUUCUCAUAAGCCUUUAUUGCACACAGCACCUUGUUUGCCAAUCAUAAUGAACCUGGCUGAGAACAUUUCUUCUAAUGAAAACCAGGUCAAGUUAGACAAUGGUUAUAUUCCAUUUUUAGCUCAACUAUUAGUAUUAUUUAUGAAAUAAAUAUAUUGGUGCUAUCCUACUCGCCCUGGCGUCGUCGUUAGCGUGAGCGUUGGAUGUUAAAGUGUGCGUACCACCUCAAAUAUUGUCUAUGUCCCUUGACAUAUUGCUUUUAUAUUUUGCAUACUCCUUUAACAACAUGACCCCAAUCUAUAAACAAGAGCAGACAACUGUAUCAAGGAUUUUGUAAGAAUUGUGUUCCCUUUUUAUACUUAGAAAAUUGAAAAUUGUGUUAAGUUUUGUGUUUAGGUUCACUUUAUUCCUAAAGUAUCAAAGCUAUUUGCUUUCAUACUUGCAACACUUACUAACUAUCAUAAGGGGACUGUGCAGGUAAGGUUAUGUAACUCUGACUGGCAUUUUUACAGAAUUAUGGCCCCUUUUUUAUACUUAGAUAAUUGAACUUUUGGUUACGUUUUAUAUUUCGGUCCAUUUUACUCCUAAAGUAUCAAAGCUAUUGCUUUCAGACUUGGAAAACUCGCUAACUAUCGUAAGGGGACUGUACACGGCAAGUUGUAUAACUCUGGUUGGCAUUUUAACGGAAUUAUGGCCCUUAUUUGUCUUAAAGAUAUUAUGCUCAGAUAAUAGCGCUACGUGGUUUUAAAAUUUCAUGCAGAUACUAUGGCGGACAAUAGAGUUCUCGCAAAUCUA